UUCCUCUUUUCCCACACAGGAGUGAAAGGCUGUUGUUGUCCCCGUGAUUGGCUCCCCAUGAAUGGGCUUUGCUACAAGAUCUUCGAUGACCAAAAGAACUGGAACGAUGCAGAGAUGUUCUGCAGGAAAUACAAGCCAGGCUGCCACCUCGCCUCCCUUCAUAGCAUUGAUGAUUCAGAUGAUGUGGCCGAGUACGUCUCCGACUAUCUCAGGAGUGGCAGCAAUGUCUGGAUUGGACUGAAUGAUCCAAAGAAACAACGUGUCUGGCAGUGGGCAGACAGAUCCAGAACGAGCUACCUCACUUGGAAACCAGGGGAGCCCAACAACGCUGGGAACGAUGAAUACUGCGUUGAACUUUGGAACCCGUCAGGUUACACAAAGUGGAACGACGAGAAUUGUGCGUCCUUGCGUUCGUUCCUCUGCAAGUGCAGAUUCUAGGACAAACGGCUCCUCCUCCUGCCCCAGAGGGACAGAAGCACCUGGUGAAGAAGCAACAAAGCCCACCUGUCUGCCAAAAUCUCUGCUCUGCACCCCUUCGCUUAUCACGGUUGAUUUCUGUAGCUUGGAUCUGAUUUCGCUCAUUGUGAUGGGCCAGAAGAAGGUCAAAUAAACUCAGUCUUGGCAUGA